AUGACGCCAGCGCGGAGGCAUGCAAAUUAUACCUCAGCUUCUUUCCUCAAUCUUUCGCUACUGGCAAAGAAAAAGUCAGCUACACAGGUGCACCAACAGUCUUUGCCUCCCCCAGUGUUGGUAGAAGGUCAGCCUGAAUUUGAAAUCCAAAAACUCCUUGACUCUCACCUUGUGUGGGGCAAGGAGAACGUCAUGGUUGUGUUGGACGAUGUGAGUCAAUUUAACCUGAAAGAAAAUCAGAGAAUCCUGAGUUCAACUCCCACCAUCUCUCUUAUUUUACUUAUUCCAAAUGACAGUAAGGAAAGGGCAUUUAAGGCCCACAAUGCUUCAUUAUCGGAAUUUUUCAAAAGAGGCCUGUUCGAAGGAACCUCAAUUUCUUCACUGGGUGAUUCUAUAGCUCGCUACACUCAUAUAAACUCCUUUGAUGCUGGUGAGGUGGAACAAUUCAGCAGGAAGAAUCCAAAGAUGGACUUUCCAUCUGGCCACAGUCAUUCAGUCAGGGUCUUCUCUAGGUGUGCAAAAAGUGAUUUUAAAUGGCUUGUGGCCCUGCUGAGAAGUGAAGACUUUGGGGGCCUAGUGAAGGAGGUCCAUGCUGUAGAAAUAUCGAACAGCUAUUCACAAUUUUUAUCUGAUAUUAGUAACUGCACAUUUGCCAUUCUGUAUCAUUCACUCAACUAUGGACGUGUAAGCCUCACCGAUGUGCCUGACUCCUUGUAUGAUAAACACCUGGAGACCUUAUCUCAGCGCUUUGGCAAGAAGAAAGUUAUUGUGGUUAUUGAUGACUUGAAAGAUAGCAGUUUUCAGGAGAAGAGAAAUAUACUCUGUGAACAGCCAAGCAUUGGGCGAUAUUCCCAAGAACUUCUCCUCUUCAGUGAAACAGAAACAAAGGUGGGAAAUUAUACAUCUCACACUGUACGGAAUCAACUGGAGGCACUCAAAAAAACCUUGGAGACCAGCCAUGGUGGCGAUUCUACUCAAUUUCCUUUGAACAAAGUGGAAUGUUGUAUCUCCUCAUCUCCUGUACCCACAGCACAUUUCUCUGAUCACAUUUCCCGGCAGUUAGAAUCAGCCGCGGCACCUAUGAACAAUGUUUCUUGCCAAAAGAUAGAUUCAAUGUUAAAGCAUUCAUCCAGAGAGGCAGCCUACUUGAAACAGUUAGAAGAGGUUAAGAAGGAACAUUCCAUAGAAAUAUUCACACUGAAGAAGAAACAUCAAUCAGAGUUAGCCAAACUGGAACAACAGAUUGAAGAUUUAAUGAUAAUGCACAGCUCAGAGAUAUUCCAACUGAAACAACAAGUGGAAGAACUCAGUAUGAGGACCUGUACAUACUGCUCUCACCAUCAGCCAAGGAGAUUUGAUGACCAAAGUGUGCGACAAAACCAGAUGAUUAUACAAAGAACUGGCAUGUAUUAAAAUUGAGAA